AUGUUGCACACCCUCCGCCGGGCGGACCUCAACGAUGCCUCGAGCACACGGCAAGCCGCCGACGCCGCGAGCACGUUUCUCAAAGCGAAUCCCUGUCAGUACUUCACCCCAAUGCACCCCAUCGACGCGAUCCGGGGCAUCGUGGGCACUUGUGUGGACUCCGAGCAGGUGUUCAAGGCAGCCCUGACGACAACCUACAGGUCCUACUACUGA